GCUGAAAGUUUGCAAAAUUGAUUUCAAAAAUAAAUUGCCAACUAAAUUGCAGCAACAAUCAAUCCCAGACUAAAUGACACACCAAAUUGUGGACAGUGAAGAUGAAUACGAUGAGCUAUCGGAGUUGCGACAACGAAGCCAGCCCGAGGCUCAGCAAUCAGUCGAUGAGGCCUUCGAUUUGGACGAUCUGCUGCCAGUCAUUGGUGAGUUUGGCAAAUAUCAGAAGCUGCUCGUCUUUGGCAUUUGUCUGCCUGCUUGCAUACCAUGCGGAUUUUGUGCCUUCAACCAGCUCUUCAUGGCCGACACUCCCGAUGACUAUUGGUGCCGAGUUCCUGACCUCUUCCACAUGGAUCUCGAACAGCGUAAAUAUUUGUCCAUACCCAAGGAACUGGAAAAUGAUGAGUUGGUCUACAGUAAAUGUUACACUUACGGUGUCAAUUGGACGCAGUUGCUCGAAUCUGUUGAUAAUAUUGUUGACAGUGCUGGGAAUGAUGUGACAACACUGGAGCCCAAUAGCAGCUGGCCGCUGAUCAAGUGCAGCCAAGGCUGGGAGUACAACACGACCAGUGUCUGGUCCUCUAUUGUGAUCGAUUUCGAUCUGGUAUGCGAUCAGGACAUAUAUCCGACCAUUGGACUCGCUGCCCUCAACACUGGUGGACCUGUGGGUGUUUAUCUAUUUGGACUGCUCAAUGAUAGAGCCGGGCGUAGACUCUCCUAUUUCACGUGUCUGGCCACAUUGCUGGCGGGCAGUUUGAUUACCUCGCUGAGCACCGACUUCUGGACAUGGGCGGGCAGUCGUGUGGUCGUCGGACUGACUAUUCCAGCUGUAUAUCAAAUACCCUUUAUCAUAUCUUUGGAACUCGUUGGAGAGAAGUAUCGUUCCUUUGUGACCGUGAUGACGUGCACCUUUUACACGUCGAGCAUAAUGCUGCUGUCGCUGGUGACCUAUCUGGAGCGGGAUUGGGUGCGCCUUUCCUACUACACAUCAAUUCCAUUCUAUUUCUACUUCCUGUACAUAUUCAUAAUGCCAGAGUCGCCACGUUGGCUACUGAUGCGCGGUCGUCUGGAGGAGGCGCUGAAAAUACUGGAGCGCAUGGCGCGCGUGAAUGGACGACAAUUUCCGGAGGCAGUGCACAGUAAGUUGGAGGCGCAAAUCAAAAGAGACAAACUGAAAAAGCAGAAGAAAAAAGUGGCCAAUGUGGGCCUCAUGGAUCUGUGUCGCACGCCCAACAUGCGGCUAAAGACGAUAUUGAUUACGCUCAGCUGGUUUGCCAAUGAGACCGUCUAUCUGGGACUUAGUUAUUAUGGUCCCUCGCUGGGCACCAAUCAAUACGUUAGCUUCUUUCUGUCCGCCGUAGUGGAGCUGCCGAGUUAUCUGUGCUGCUGGUAUUUUAUGGACACUUGGGGUCGUCGUUGGCCUCUCAGCUUAUCAAUGAUAUUGGGCGGAGCUGCGUGCAUUAUAACCGUAAUGUUGCCCGAUGACGCAAUCGAUGAGACAUUGAUACUUUAUCUCAUAUCGAAGGCGCUACUAUCGGCUUCUUUCCUAAUCAUUUAUCCCUUUGCCGGCGAGCUAUAUCCGACUCAAGUUCGAGGCAUUGGGAUUGGUGCCUCUAGCUACAUUGGCGGAUUGGGGCUGAUAGUGAUACCAUUUGUCACCUAUCUGGGCAAGGACAACUUAAAGCUACCAUUGGUGAUUAUGGGAUUUGUAUCGAUGUUGGGUGGCAUGACUGGUUUGCGUUUGCCAGAGACUCUGCAUCAUCGCCUGCCGCAGACCAUCGAGGAGGGCGAAGAGUUUGGCAAGAAUUGGCAAUUUAAAGAUUGCUUUCGCUGCAAGCCGCAACCCGAUGCUCUGUCUCCGCCAUCUUCCUAUGAGAACUUGGAUGUAUUGGGUGGCUCCUCCAAUACCGCUUCCGAAGUGGAACUAGAGCUUCGAGAUAGUCGCCGUCAACGGCAACAGCCCCAUUCUGAUGAAAGCACACCGCUGGAGCUUGGUGCAAGUGGUAGUGGAGGUGUCGGACGACCGCAUCGGAGUUCGAUGAAGCGCUUGGUGCGCCAGAUGAGUGUUAUGGAUACACAGAGGACUCAUGAUGGCACCAUGCAGUUGACGCACUGGAUUUGAGUGUGUGUGUGUGUAUGUGUGUGAACUGUAAAUGCGUGUAUUAUAA